AUGGUCUCCAACAAGGACGACCAGUCGUUCUUUAUCAAUCCCAACUCGGAAAGAGACCACGGCCCCAACCACUUGGCAGACUUUCAAGCGGUGGGAAGGCUCCUGGGGAAAGCCAUCAUCGACGAGCAAAUGCUGCCGUUUCACUUUUGUGUCCCGCUGUUCAAGAUGUUGCUGGGGUACCCCGUCUCGAUCGAAGACGUUCGGUACUUGGACCCGACCGUGUAUUCGAGCUUGACCUACAUUCGCGACUGCGAUGACGUGGACGAUUUGGCGCUGACGUUCAGUGUGAGUGUGGACACGGAUGUACCGGAAGUGGAGCUGGUGGUCGGGGGUCGGGACGUGGGGGUGACCAACGCCAACAAGGCCGAGUACGUGGAGAGAAUGGUGCAGUACUUGAUGUUUGAGCGCGUGGCGCCGCAGCUGCAGCGGCUGGUGCAGGGUCUGUACGACGUGUUGCCCCAGGAGCUGCUCAUGCCGUUCGACUACAAGGAGCUGGAGCUGAUUUUGUGUGGGUUUUCAGAGAUCGACGUGGGUGACUGGAAGCGGUCCACGAUCGUGUCCAAGUCGCUCGAGGACGUCGUCGGGUGGUUCUGGGACGUUGUCGAGUUUGACAUGACGCCCUCUGACCGGGCCAAGCUGCUCCAGUUCACCACUGGGUCGUCCCGCGUACCCCUCCAAGGCUUCCGUGGGUUGACCAGUCACGACGGCCAGCUGUGCCCGUUUUCACUACAUGGCGUCAAGUACCAUCCGCAGGAGUUGCCCAAGGUCCACUCGUGUUAUAACCGCAUGGACCUGCCGAUUUACCCCACGCGAGAAGAGCUUCGAAGUGCACUGUUCUUUCUCGUUUCGAUUGAAGACUUGGUGUUCACAUUGCUGUAA